AUGGCCUCGGCUGCACCGUCCCCUGCGCCGUCUGGAGGAGUAAACUCGUCGAUGUGGGCAGGCCAACCUCCCAGCAGCAAACCCGGAUGGAGGAGCAACGGCGAGCCCGGAUCGGCCUUCCGCGGAGUAGGAAGGGGCAGGUCUGGACGUGGGGGAGGACGUGGAGGUCGCGGCGGGCGCGGCGGAGGACGCGGCAAUGGCGUGAUCCCUCUGCGCACAGACGACAAAGGCCCCAAGAACGCUGCCCAUCCCAAGACUGCCCAAUCUACCUCGUCAGCCUCACCUGCUCCCACCGCUACCACAACCUCUGCACCGUCGUCUGUCUCCGCUCCCGCCCCCGCUCCGUCUUUCGCCACUCGCAAUACCCCUGCUGCUGAUGCGUCCCCUUCUGCAACCUCCAAGAGCGCGGCGAGCAGGCCCAAGGAUGCCAAAGCACACGCCCGCAAGGCAUCGGAGAGCAAGCAACCACGCAAACUCCCGCCGAUCGUCAUCGAGCCGCCCAAAGUUGCCUCCACCGCGUCCCCCACCUCCGCUACCACUCCCAACCGUACUCGCAAGAAACGGGCGCAAAACCGGAGCACAUCCUCCAUGUCCAUGUCCUCCAAGAAGUCCCCUUCGACCGAGUCGAGCACGAGCUUCCUCAAGCCAGAGAAGUCUCCCGUGAUCGCGAAGGACCUCCCUCCUCACCUUGUUGCGCCCCCGCCUCUUCCGAAACGCCGUCCUUCGACAUCAAGCACGACAUUGAUGCUCUCGUGGAGCGCCCACAUUGACUGGGCCGGUGACGACGACGACAGCUUACCCGACUUGGACGAUUGGGGCGUGAAGAGCGUACCGGGGCGCAGUUUGGACAAGCCGCUGGAGACUCAGCCGGACCUGCUUUCUCCUAUGCUCGCGGACACCUUGAAGCCUCUACCGAAUGUUGGCUCUCCUCUCGUCGCGUCAUUCGUGAUCCCGCACUCAGAGGGUCAAGAGGAUGAUCCGCCCAGCGCCGCGCCUCCUGCGAAGAAGGACCCACCUAGCUCGCAGCCUCGUGCCAACGGAGCAAGCAAGUCUCGCUUGGCUGACAAAGCUCCUUAUAACAAGAAGGUCGUCAAUGGCAAAAAAGCUGCGCCUAUUGCUGAAGCUGCUUCAACUACAGACUCUCAGACUCUCCCGUUCGAUAAGGACGCGACCAAGCAGUCCCCGGGGAGGCGGUCAGUUCCUCUCUUGCACCCAUCACUUCCCGCCAAGCCGGUCGACGCGAUGAAAGCGCUUCCUCCAUCGCUCCCUCGGAAACCAGUGCCAUCAGCAGAAGCACCAGAGGCUCCUGCCCUAGUCGACGCUCCACCCGUCUUGGAGUUGGCGCAUGUGUCGAUGCCGGACGGUGUCACUUCGGUUGUGCCGGUGGAAGCACCACAAGACCCAACCCCCGGUCCUAACGCCGACUCUGAUGCGAGCGGCCAGGGCGUGUUUGCUUCAAUGCAUGCUCCCGCUCGAUCGGCCCCCAGCCAUAUCACCACGCACCACCAGCCGAAUCCAUCCUUCCACCCGACGCACGGUCGUGCACAUACCGUCGGCCGUCCUGGCUUCCGCGUGCCGUUUAGCCCUUCGCAGAACUCGUUCCUCGACGGCGGCGUGGGCAACGGUGACGAGCGCGCGACGCGCCGGGAGCGCGUGAACCACGCACGCACGCACUCGAGCCCACCCACUGCGGGGCCAGGACAUGGGCACUCGCGCUCUGUGCACACGGUGCGGCCCGUCAUCACUGGUGACGCACUCUCAAAGCUCGCGCGGACGCUCGGUGGCGCGCCUGGCCCACGCCCUAAGCCCGCGCCUGCUGCCGCCACUGAGGCCGUUGCUGCGAAGGAGUGA